CCAGACUCCGAGCGCCGUCCGGGGCCACGUGCUGCACGCCCGCGGCUUGCUUCUCGCCCUGAGCCGCCUCUGAGCCCUCUCCCCCCUGACAAAAUGCCGCUCCACUCUUCACCGGGUCACUCAAAGCCCCUUCUGGCCAACGGGCGAUGACCAGACUGGGGUCCUGCCCUCAGAGCAGGUUGCUGGUCCCCUGGUUUUAAGAAGUUGCUUUCUGUCCCCUCCAAGGUGCCCACGCCAUCCCUUGUGCGUUCCUCCAAUGCGUCCCAACGAGGCGUGUCCUCUGCCUCCCACAGCCCCCGGCAGUCAGGACCCGCGUCUAACCAGGGCUGCAGCUGCACCUGCCUCCCCACGUUCAUGCCACCGCCCACCGCCCCUCAUGGUGGGUGGCUGCUUCUGAAAUGCUACUCCACCGUGUCACCUCCCACCCCGACACCUUCCCACGGCUGGCACCGGACGCCCCUAGGAAGGAAGACCCUGUGAGGUCUCGGCUGGCACCGCACCCCUGGGCUGGUGCCGGCCUCCCCACGUCCCUGGGAUGCGCCUGGACGACGCCCAUCCUAUCCUCCCCGUUUGGUCCUUCAUGGCCGGGUCCAAGAAUCCUGCAGAUUCAGCCCAUGCAGGCCUCCCUUGACUGGAGGAAGGCACCCUCAGACCUAAUUAACCACCUGUCAGUCUCAUUCCACACCACCCUUUCCCUGGCACUAACUUAAUCACAGGCAUUCCCUGCCACCGUAAUGAUUAAAUUAGUCGAUCAGCGCGCCCGGGCUGCGUGCACCGCCCACUUGACAGGCAGCAGACUAUCCAAUGAUCGUUCCAAGUCAGGCCAGGCCCAGCCCAUCCUAGCUCCGCCCAUCCUGGCUCCGUCCAGCCUUGUCCUGCCCCCUACUCCACUCUCAUCCAAUCAGGUGCCAGCUGGCAGUGGGGGUCUCCUAUAAAAGGACUGGGCGCCGACUAGCGAGCACAUUACUGCCGAGCGCCUUGAUCCUGCAUCGUGCAGAGCCUCCAGACGCCUCCAGACCCUAACCCUCAGGCCCCUGCUCCUGGACGGGUCGCCUGGUUUCCAGACUCCAGAGCCCACUGCGAAGAGCUCCAGGCCAGGGAGAUCAGACGCCUCAUGGAGGAGCAGAGACCCCCAAAGCGACUGUGCUCAACAGCCCCUAGUCAAGCCAAAGACAGGCGCUCCAGGGAGCCAGAAUGCCCUGGUGUGCAGCAUGAAGUCCCCAUGGAAGCAGGUGGCCCUGCAGAGCCCUGCCCACCUGCCAAACCCAUCGCUUAUGUGAGACCCAUGAGAUGUGUGAUCCCGCCCAGAGAGUCAGCCCGUUCUUCAGAGAGAGGCCGCCCUAGAGGGAGGAUCCGGCAGCGAGCAGACAGAGGCCCCCGCCACAGGCAGGAAGGCUACCGUCAGGCCCCUGAGCCCCGGGAGUGGCCAGGACACUUGCUGGGAUCAGAUUUGCAAAUACAGCUCAACAACCAUGAAGAGCCAGACCACCAUGUGGAACCAGAAGCCAGGCAGCCCCUGCCCUUCCACUCCACCGGAGCAGCUGUAAUGAAUGGAGAAGCACCCCUCGGCCCCAGGCCCAGCAUGGUGCAACUGGAGCUGAACCUGCAGGAUCUGCCCUGGGCCUCUGUCUCCUGGGUGGCCGUCCAGCAGCCAGCUUCAGUCAUCCAUCCCCAUGUGGCUUUCAGUCCCCAGGCUGGCUCUGCGUGGGGCUUCCUGCAGACCCUCUCUGGUACCUACUCCUACAGGGUCCCAGUGUUCGGCACCCACACGGUUCCCUGACCUGCCACUUGCUGCAGCCUCCCUCUCUCCAAAGCCCACAAUUGCUUCCCUCAACCCUCAAGGGGGCCCCAUUUCUGGGCCCUGCUCUCCGCCCACACCAGCCAGAGCCUCUACCACCUAUUGGCAGACUGAGCCUCCAAGCUCUCUUCCUGAUAGCCUGGCAGUGGCUUGUCUGCUCCCAACGCCCCACUUACCCUAGCUUUUCAUGUCUUCUCAAAGAUACACAGGCCAAGUUCUCUGUGCUUGGUCAAUCAGCAGGGUCCCCAAGGCCACCAACACUGUCCCACUCCCCAGAUGUACACCCACUGCAUGUCUGAGACAAAAGUGGUAAAGGGCACCAAAGAAAUAAAACUAA